CCUCCGCCUGCAACUCCGGCGCUCCGCUGCCCUUGUCCUCCCCGCCUGGUGUGCAGAGACUCACCAUGAGCUCUUCCGCCGCCAGCCCGCUCUUCGCUCCCGGCGAGGACUGCGGCCCCGCGUGGCGCGCGGCUCCCGCGGCCUAUGAUGCGUCUGACACGCACCUGCAGAUCCUGGGCAAGCCGGUGAUGGAGCGUUGGGAGACUCCCUAUAUGCAUGCGCUGGCCGCGGCCGCCGCCUCCAGAGGGGGUCGUGUCUUGGAAGUGGGCUUCGGCAUGGCCAUUGCGGCCUCCAGGGUGCAGCAGGCCCCCAUAGAAGAGCACUGGAUUAUUGAAUGCAAUGAUGGGGUCUUCCAGCGCCUACAAGAUUGGGCCCUGAGACAGCCACACAAGGUUGUUCCCUUGAAAGGCCUGUGGGAGGAGGUGGCGCCUACUCUGCCUGAUGGCCAUUUUGAUGGGAUCCUGUAUGACACAUACCCACUGUCUGAGGAGACCUGGCACACUCACCAGUUCAACUUCAUUAAGAAGCACGCUUUCCGCUUGCUGAAGCCUGGGGGAAUCCUCACCUACUGCAACCUCACAUCCUGGGGGGAGCUCCUCAAGUCCAAGUUCACAGACAUCGCCACCAUGUUUGAGGAGACACAGGUGCCUGCACUGCAAGAGGCAGGCUUCCGGAGAGAGAACAUUCGCACCGAGGUGAUGGCGCUGGUACCGCCUGCAGACUGCCGUUACUACGCCUUCCCUCAGAUGAUCACUCCCCUGGUCACCAAGCACUGAGCGACUGGCCCAGGGCUGGAACGAACCUCUCCUCUUCAGUGCCUUCAUGGCUGGAGUGUAGGCUCCAGCCUCUCAGGGGUACUGCAGUGACACUGCCUGGCCCCGCUGUCUUCCCGAGCUCAGGGGGAAAAUAAAUACCAACAACAACA